GCCAAACUCAAAUCAGCAUUGCCUUUGCCUGUCCAAUACUGCCCUACUGAUACUAUCUCCCCCUCACCCUACCAGUCAGUGGUUUCGAUUGACCAUCCCUAUCACAAGCAGCCACGUCGUGGAAAGGCAUCGCGGAAGGCGGAUAAGAGGAGUAUUUGAUAUCGAUCUCCGUCCGCCACCAGACCCAAAAGAGCAACCCCUCGAUCGCCUGACCCAUUGACUUUGUAACUUAUCUACUUUAUUAUUACUUUAUUCUUUAGUUUAUUUUGUUCCGUGCUGGGGGUGGACCAGCCUGAACAUACCAAUCUCAUCCCAGACUCUGCUAGUCUGAUUCGGGGAAUCAACCCAGGUGCACAAAUCCGGGGAUUGCAGUGCAGCUGAUCACAGUCCAGCGAUGCAUACUCUCCAAGCCACCGCCUCGUCGUCGCUUUCCCUGCCAGAGGGUAAUUACAUUUACUCCCUGGCUGCGGUAUCGCCGACCUCGUUGGCUGCCAUCUCCUCGGAUGAUUCUCUGCGUGUCUUUGAUGCGGCCAAUCUCGGUCAUGUCUCUGUGGUCGCCCCAGACACCCAUGAAGGUGUGACUGCAUUGAAGACGUACGAUGCGGGCCAGCAGGUCAUGGCCACCGCGGGGAGAGACGGCAAAGUUAAGCUCUGGGAUUUGCGGAACGGGGGUAGAUUGGCGGUGGGAAUGGAGACCUCAAACGGGGCCCCCGCCCUCUCCAUCGCAUGCAGUCCAGAAACCAAUAGCCUUGUCGCAGGGACCGAGCUGGAUUCGUCGCAGGCCAUCGUUUCAUUCUGGGAUGUCAGAUUCGCGUCGGCGCCCUCGCUCCAGUACGUCGAGAGCCACAACGAUGACGUGACAGAGCUUCAAUACCACCCAACACGGAAGAACCUCGUGCUCUCAGGAAGCACAGAUGGCCUUGUUAACAUCUACAACACAAACAUUACAGACGAGGACGACGCCCUCGUGCAAGUCAUCAACCAUGGAUCUGUACACCAUGCGGGCUUCCUAACCGAGCGCGCUAUCUACGCCCUCAGCCACGACGAGGUCUUCUCUAUCCAUCCGGCGACGGAUCCAGAUGAUGAGCAGACGCAAGAGCCUGAGCCUGUGCAAUUCGGUGACCUGCGUCAGCCCUUGGGCUGUGAGUAUAUUGCGCAGCUGUGUGGGGGGAAUCAGGGAGCUUAUAUUGCUGCUGGAAGUACCUCAAACCACCAACUCGACCUGGUACCCCUUGUAUCAGACCCAUCCUGGCGGUUCGACCAGGACAACCUAUGGCGUCUCCCCGGCGGACACGGAGAGGAGAUUGUCCGCUCUGUUUACGUCGACGAACAGACCCAAUCUAUCUUCACCUGCGGCGAAGACGGGUUCGUCCGCGUGUGGAAGCAAGGUGAAGGCGCGGAGCCGGGCCCGGGCUCCGGGCAGGAGAAGAAGCCGAAGGAGAAGAAGGGGAAGGAGAAGGGGAGGUUUAGACCUUAUUAGUAUGAGAAUGAAUGUGAAGUGGGAGAAGGAUGGGAUGUGGUGGGAGGAGGGUGGACAUGUGUAAUAUUCAACGCGGUGGUUCAAAAUUUGUAAGCUUU